GAGGACCUGUGUUGGCUGCACCCUCAGAGAGAUCUCAGCCUGGCUGGAGGUGACACACGGAAGUUCGUGGCUCACCGCAGGCUUGGAGGAUGAGUGGGUGUGAGUCUGAAUUCCUGCCCGCUGGGCCAUCUGCAGGACGCUGGCCCCUGCCCCUCAGCAACGGUGAGAGAGAAAUGAGUAGCAACAAAGAGCAGCGGUCAGCAGUGUUCGUGAUCCUCUUUGCUCUCAUCACCAUCCUCAUCCUCUACAGCUCCAACAGUGCCAGUGAGGUCUUCCAUUACGGCUCCCUGCGGGGCCGCAGCCGCCGGCCCAUCAACCUCAGGAAGUGGAGCAUCACCGAUGGCUAUGUCCCCGUUCUAGGCAACAAGACGCUGCCCUCCCGGUGCCACCAGUGUGUGAUUGUCACCAGCUCCAGCCACCUGCUGGGCACCAAGCUGGGCCCUGAGAUUGAACGGGCUGAGUGCACAAUCCGCAUGAAUGACGCGCCCACCACAGGCUACUCAGCAGAUGUGGGCAACAAGACCACUUUCCGUGUGGUGGCCCACUCCAGUGUAUUCCGUGUGCUGCGGAGACCCCAGGAGUUUGUCAACCGGACCCCCGAAACCGUAUUCAUCUUCUGGGGUCCCCCGAACAAGAUGCAGAAACCCCAGGGAAGCCUUGUGCGUGUCAUCCAGCGGGCAGGCCUGGUGUUCCCCAACAUGGAGGCCUACACCGUCUCUCCCGGCCGCAUGCGCCAAUUUGACGACCUCUUCCGGGGUGAGACGGGCAAGGACAGGGAAAAGUCCCAUUCGUGGUUGAGCACAGGCUGGUUCACUAUGGUGAUUGCAGUGGAGUUAUGUGACCACGUGCACGUCUAUGGCAUGGUACCCCCCGACUACUGCAGCCAGCGGCCCCGCCUGCAGCGCAUGCCCUACCACUACUAUGAGCCCAAGGGGCCGGACGAGUGUGUCACCUACAUCCAGAAUGAGCACAGCCGCAAGGGCAACCACCACCGCUUCAUCACCGAGAAGAGGGUCUUCUCGUCCUGGGCCCAGCUGUACGGGAUCACCUUCUCCCAUCCCUCUUGGACCUAGGCCGCCCUGCCUGCGGGGCCCUCCCAAGGGACAGAGGAGAAGUGGCUCUCCAUCCAGCCCCUUUACCAAGGGCCAUCUCCUGGCCAG